UGCCCUGCCCUGCCCCUCUGACUCCGUGACCCUCCUAAAUCUAGAGAUUUCGGGUUCCUUUCAUUGGCUCUGAGCUUGGCUUUUGAAGGAUUAGUGAUUUCAGAGAACUGAGAGGAAGUCUAAACCUUAAACCCUUAAAAAGGUUUUCACACGCUGCCCCGCCCUUCCCGGCUGCAGUCCUGUGUCCCACCUUUCUCUGAGUCACGCCUCCAGCCUGCCCCAGACUCCCCGAGGCUCAGCCAGUCUGCCCUUUUCCUCCCCCUUUUGGAGGCCAGACUUCUGGCUCUUUUCACGUAAGUUUCAUGAUCCCACAAAUCACAUUCUUAGCUCCAGGGCUUUCCACCCUGGUGGACACCAAGUAACAUUUUAGUUAUAAAUAAUAAAUAAGCUUUUUACAUGGGCUUUUGUCCAAGAGGAGUUGGUUAUCUUUGCUGAUCAUGAAAUUAAUACAAAUGCAUUGUUAAGAAAUCAAAACUCGGGGCACCUGGCUGGCUCUGUCUGUGGAAAGUGUGCUUCUCGAUCUCGGGCGCAGGGGUUCAAGCCCCACGUUGGGUGUAGAGAUGGCUUAAAUAAAUAAAACUUAAUAAAAAGAAAGCCACCAAUAUAAAAACCAAGUGAAACUUGCAGCUUUUCCUACUCCCUAAAGAUAAACGUUGAUCAUUUUCCUCCCUCUCUUUCUCCCAUACACACACACACACACACACACACACUCUCUCUCUCUCUCUCUCUCUCUCUCUCUCUCUCACACAUAUUUUCUUUUGAACUAUGUUCAUUCAAAAAAGUUUUAUAGGGGCACUUGGGUGGCUCAGUUGGUUGAGCGUCUGCCUCGGGCUUAGAUCAUGAUCCCAGCGUCCUGGGAUUGAGCCCAAGUCCUGGCAUUGAACCAUGUCUGGCUCCCCGCUGAACGGGGCGUCGGCUUCUCUCUCUGCCCCUCCCCCUGCACACACACUCUCUCUCUCUCAAAUAAAUAAAACCUUUAAAAAAAAAAAAAGGUUUUAUAAACAUUUAUACACCAAACUGUUUACACUGAAUAGCCCACCUAUCUGAUUUUUAGUUUAAUGGGUUAAAACUAAAAACAACCCCCAGAAAACCGCAAUCAACUAUGGGGUUUUUUACAAGUUGGAUCGGGCAACAGGUGAAUGGGGAGCCCCGGGUGCUCACAGCAAGGGCUCCUCCCUAAGAGCCUGAGAGCCAGAACCAAGCCCACAUUUCUCUGGGAGGCUGAACCUCUGGGGCAGGAAUCUAGGGACACCCUCCCAUUGUUUAGAGAAGCACAUGGGGUCCUGGGGAGGUAAGAGGAGACUCAUCUUGGGGAAGCGGACUUACCCUUUCCUCCGUGUGAAGUUUGAGGGUCGCUGUACAAUGUCAGAAGGAAUGCUGCUUAAAAUAGCCUCCGGGCUGAUGUCCUCCUUGGGUGCCGGUCCCACCUCACCCUCACCUGCCAAGCUGUUGGCUGGGCUGUAGGAGAGCUGCCUGUUCUCCGCAGAAGCUCCAUCCCUCGGGACAAAGGGACACCACGUGUCACAACCGUCUUCCAGUGCUGACCGUGCUCAAAGAUCAGGCUUUUGAAAGACAGCUUUGAGGGCUUCUUUUCCAAGAGCAAACACCUGCUCCCCAGCACUGCCCCUUCACCUGUGGCCACUGGAAGAGUCUAGGGUCCUGCCCCUGUUGAGAGAAUGGCUUCCUCGGGGUCCCAAACAAAGAAACAUGAUAAUCACAGUGACCACCUUGUACAACCCACCAACCCAAAUGUAGCAGCGAUGCAAGAAGAUGUCCUGUACCAUUUCAGCCUCAGCACCAGCACGCAUGAUUUCCCUGCGAUGUUCGGAGAUGUGAAGUUCGUGUGUGUCGGGGGAAGCCCUACCCGGAUGGAGGCCUUCGCCAAAUACAUGGCCAAGGAGCUGGGCCUUGACCACCCAGGUGCAGAGUAUCCCAACAUCUGCAGGGGGACCGACCGCUACGCCAUGUUCAAAGUGGGCCCCGUGCUGUCUGUCAGCCACGGCAUAGGCAUCCCCUCCACCUCCAUCAUGCUGCACGAGCUCAUCAAGCUGCUCUACCACGCCCACUGCUCGGAUGUCACCGUCAUCCGCAUCGGCACGUCUGGCGGGAUCGGUCUGAAGCCUGGCUCUGUGGUCAUUACCCGGCAGGCGGUGGAUGCCUCCUUCGAGCCGGUGUUCGAGCAGGUGGUCCUGGGGAAGCGGGUGGUUCAGAGGACGCACCUGGAUGAGGAGCUCGCGCAGGAGCUGAUGCAGUGUGCUUUGGAUCUGCUGGAGUUCCCCACGGUCAUAGGGAACACCAUGUGCACCUCAGACUUCUAUGAAGGGCAAGGCCGUCUGGACGGCGCCCUCUGCUCCUACACAGAGAAGGACAAGCAGAAGUACUUGCAGGCAGCCCACUCGGCUGGCAUCUGCAACAUCGAGAUGGAGUCUUCGGUCUUGGCAGCCAUAUGUGGUGCAUGUAGCAUCCCAGUGGCCGUGGUGUGUGUCACUCUGCUCAACCGCCUGGAGGGGGACCAGGUCAGCAGCCCCCACGAGGUGCUGGUCGAGUACCAGCAACGGCCACAACGCCUGGUGAGCCACUUCAUCAAGAAGCGCCUCGCGGCCGCCCAAAACCCCCUGAACCUCUAAAGACGCGCCGUUAUGAUUGCUGCACAUUAAGUCACUAUCGGGUGCCCGGCCUGCUCAGUCAUGAGAGCAUGCGGCUCUUGAGAUGUCCGAGUCCUGAGCUCAAGCCCCACACUGGGCGCAGGGAUUACUUAAAUAAAUAAAUAAGCUUAAAAAAGAAUCACCAUCGAAAUCUCCUUUUGUGGGGCGCCUGGGUGGCUCAGUCCUCAGGCGUCUGUCUUCAGCUCAGGUCAUGGUCCCAGGGUCCUGGGAUCGAGCCCCGCAUCG